AUGGAAUACCAAGGUGAGGACACAAUUCCUCAUUUCUCAUGCAUCAUUAAAGUCUCAGAUACAUCCCGAGCAUGAUCUUCAACCUCAAAGAGCCCGGAGAAGUAUUCUCAGGCUUGAAAGAGAGUUAGCAGUGUCUCUUCUCCAAGUUUUAUUAAGAUCAAAGCUGCUGAUGUUUACCAAAAAUCUGAAGGCAACUGAUACCGAUCUGAUGAGCUGAGCGAGUACAAAAACCAACAAACUUCUAAGAUUCGAGGGCGGGAUAUUUACCAAAGUUUACGCUUAAAGUUCAAGGAUUGGAAUGUGCAAAAUUUAAUUCCAAAAGAAAAUGGACCUCUUACAGUUGAAUAUUCAGAUAAAUACACUGAUCUUGCUCCUAUAUGCUUUUUAAAUAAGAACAAGCAGAGAGAAUUAAGAAGUAAAUCCAACCAGAAGAGUUCCAGGAGCUUCCAGAAUGCAACUAUGGUGAUAAACUCUAGUAUUAACAAUCAUGGUGUGGGAACCAAGAGUCUGACAAGCUCCAGGACCCGUUUGGAGCCUGCUCAGUCUCGUGGGAAAAUUAUCAUAGAACCUAAGAAAAGAGUAAUUCAAAAUGCCUCUCACAAAAUGAAGAUCAUUAAUAAUGUUAGGCUCAUAAAAUGUAUAAGACAGAAAAUUAUCACCAAUGAGAUAAAGAUAAAAGAAUCAAGACUUUAAUUGCGAUCAAGAAGGCUAUAGCCGAGAAUAAGAAAUUCUUGAAUGCUAGGAGAAUCAAUCAACUUAAGCAGUUUGAUUUCAGUAAAUUCCUGGUGAAUAGGAAGAAAGACGACACACUUUCAAAAAGGAUACAAGUCCGGGUGCCUAGUAUCCACAACCAAGAGAAAUCAUCACCUAUCAGAAGAUUCAUACGAAGAUCUCAAUCUGUUGAGAAAGCACAGCUUCCAAAGAGGACCUUUUGGAGCUCUAGUAGAUUAAGAAUGAGGUAAUGGCACUUGUAAGAAUUU